UCAAUGCCUUGUACCAUUCUUCAAUUCGGCCAGCGACUCGUUUGCGGAAGAGAACGCUAAUUCCUCGCAAUUCGAUCAGCGAUCUGACUCACGCCACAAGAAAUGGGGAAACGAAAGUCAAGUGCAAAGCCCCCACCUAGGAAGAGAAUGGACAAGCUUGAUACUGUUUUUAGCUGUCCCUUCUGCAAUCAUGGAACCAGUGUUGAAUGUCGCAUUGACAUGAAGAACCUGAUUGGGGAAGCCUCCUGUGGGAUUUGCCAAGAAAGCUUUAGCACAACUGUUACAGCCUUGACUGAGCCAAUAGAUAUAUAUAGCGAAUGGAUCGAUGAAUGUGAGCGGGUCAACAACCCUGAAGAAGACGAUGGUGCUUAGAGGGAAUCAUCGACAAUGCUGCUUAGAGGGAAUCAUUGGGGAAGGUUGAAGUUUGCCAUUUUUCUACGAGAACGAAGCUUGCUCGUUCGAACGUUCCUUUUACGAAUCUUAAUUAAUAGGGUGACUUACCGGUAGGUAUAACAACACUCUUACCCUCGUAGCAGUAUAGACAAGCAUGUAUGUAUAAUAGUAUCAUAUUUUUCCUAGUUUGUGUGAAUUUUCAUCUAUGUGCAAAUGAAGAGUGGGUUUGUGAACCAUCCUUUAUUAUUACUAAUAAUUCAACCUUCUUGUAGAUGAAAUAUUAACGGACGUUCGUUCCUUCA